UCCGGAGGAGGCGCGAAUCGCGCGGGGUUGACUAAUUUGGGGGUGGGGGGGCACAGUGUGAUGGAGCAGCCCGACGACAUGGCGUCGCUGAGCGAGUUCGACUCCUUGGCGGGCAGCAUCCCGGCCACCAAGGUGGAGAUCACCGUAUCCUGCAGGAACCUCUUGGACAAAGACAUGUUUUCCAAGUCCGACCCACUGUGUGUCAUGUAUACUCAAGGAAUGGAGAACAAGCAGUGGCGGGAGUUUGGACGAACCGAAGUUAUCGACAACACGCUCAAUCCCGACUUUGUGCGCAAGUUCAUUGUGGACUACUUCUUCGAGGAGAAGCAGAACCUCCGAUUCGACCUAUACGACGUUGACUCGAAGAGCCCUGACUUAUCCAAACAUGAUUUCCUAGGCCAGGCCUUCUGCACCCUUGGAGAGAUCGUGGGGUCCCCUGGAAGCCGCCUGGAGAAGCCCCUCACGAUAGGAGCAUUCAGCCUGAAUUCCAGGACAGGCAAACCCAUGCCAGCUGUGUCCAACGGUGGUGUCCCAGGGAAGAAAUGUGGCACCAUCAUUCUGUCUGCCGAGGAGCUCAGCAACUGUAGGGAUGUCGCUACAAUGCAGUUCUGUGCCAACAAACUGGACAAGAAAGAUUUCUUUGGGAAAUCCGACCCUUUCUUGGUGUUUUACAGAAGCAAUGAGGAUGGAACAUUCACCAUUUGCCACAAGACCGAGGUCAUGAAGAACACCCUAAACCCAGUCUGGCAAACUUUCUGCAUUCCCGUGAGAGCCCUCUGUAAUGGCGACUAUGAUCGGACCAUCAAGGUGGAGGUGUACGAUUGGGAUAGAGACGGCAGCCAUGACUUCAUUGGGGAAUUCACCACCAGCUACCGGGAGCUGGCCCGCGGGCAGAGCCAAUUCAACAUCUAUGAGGUGGUAAACCCAAAAAAGAAAAUGAAGAAAAAGAAAUAUGUAAAUUCUGGCACAGUCACGCUGCUUUCCUUUGCUGUGGAGUCAGAGUGUACAUUCCUGGAUUACAUCAAAGGAGGGACUCAGAUCAACUUCACAGUGGCCAUUGAUUUUACCGCCUCCAAUGGGAACCCCUCACAGUCCACAUCCCUGCACUACAUGAGCCCCUACCAGCUAAACGCGUACGCACUGGCGCUGACUGCCGUCGGGGAGAUUAUCCAGCACUACGACAGCGACAAGAUGUUCCCUGCCCUUGGCUUUGGGGCCAAGCUGCCCCCUGAUGGCCGCGUGUCCCACGAGUUCCCACUGAACGGCAACCAGGAGAACCCCUCCUGCUGCGGUAUCGACGGCAUCUUGGAGGCCUACCACCGCAGCCUGCGCACUGUGCAGCUCUACGGCCCCACCAACUUUGCACCCGUGGUCACCCAUGUGGCCAGGAAUGCGGCGACUGUGCAGGAUGGCUCCCAGUACUCAGUGCUGCUCAUCAUCACAGACGGAGUCAUCUCAGACAUGGCACAGACCAAGGAAGCCAUCGUCAAUGCUGCCAAACUCCCCAUGUCCAUCAUCAUCAUCGGCGUGGGCCAGGCAGAGUUUGACGCCAUGGUGGAGCUGGAUGGUGAUGACGUGAGGAUCUCCUCCCGGGGGAAGCUGGCUGAGCGGGACAUCGUGCAGUUUGUGCCCUUCCGGGACUACGUGGAUCGCACAGGCAACCACGUGUUGAGCAUGGCGCGCCUAGCCCGCGAUGUGCUCGCUGAGAUUCCGGACCAGCUGGUGUCCUACAUGAAGGCACAGGGCAUCCGUCCGCGUCCCCCGCCUGAGCCCCAAGCCCACUCGCCCCCGCAGUCCCCAGCCCACACGCCCCCUGGCUCCCCCCUACACACACAUAUCUGA